UUCAAAAUGGCGGACGAGUCGUCAAACUGAAUGGUUGUCGUGUUUUCCUAAAAAUACUCCACAAAAUACCGUUAUACAGAAGAAUAAAUGUGUAAAUAACCUCACAGUCUAAGUAACAUCAAAGAUGUACGCCUUGUAUAAGCAAACGCAUCCUCCAUCAGGCGUGGAACUUUGUGUUUACUGCAACUUUUAUUCAUCUCAAGAAUCAAAUCUUGUGGUUGUUGGAACGACCCAGUUGCGAAUCUACAAGCUGUAUUAUCAGAAUGAAAAAUCUUCGACAGAUGAAAAAACUUCAGAUGCAGCACCAAAGAAGAAAAAGCUGGAACUUGUUGGGCAGUACAGUGUGUUUGGUAACAUUGAAACACUCCAGGCUGUGCGGCUUGCAGGGAACUCAAGAGAUUCACUGUUAUUGAGUUUUAAGGCUGCCAAGUUGUCCAUCAUAGAAUAUGACCCAACAACCCAUGAUAUUAAAACAAGAAGUCUACAUUUCUUUGAAGAUGAAAAGAUUAAGACAAAUUCUAUAGUGCAAGAUAGACCUCCAAUAGUAAGAAUAGACCCAGAAAGACGCUGUGCAGUAAUGCUUAUAUAUGGCACCCAUCUAGUUGUUCUGCCAUUCAGACAGGAAGGAGGCUUGGAGGAACAUGAUCUGGAUAGUGGGGUGUCUGGAAGUGGUCGUUCACCUGUCCUACCAAGUUAUAUCAUAAAUACAAAGGAGCUUGAUGAAAAAACCUGCAAUAUUGUAGACUUACAGUUUCUCCAUGGAUAUUAUGAACCAACGCUAUUGAUUCUCUACGAACCAAUCAAGACUUGGGCUGGUCGUCUUGCCAUGAGGAGAGACACCUGUGCCUUGGUAGCCAUAUCUCUCAAUAUGUCAGAGAAAGUACAUCCUGUCAUCUGGCAGCUAGGAAGCCUGCCUUUUGACUGUUACAGUGUUUUAGCUGUGCCAAAACCAAUAAGUGGUGUUCUCGUUUUUACUACCAACUCAUUGCUGUACCUCAAUCAGAGUGUUCCACCCUAUGGAGUGUCACUUAAUAGCAUUGCCGAGAGUAGUACAUCUUUUCCUCUUAAGCCUCAAGAAUCAGUAACCAUUACAUUGGAGAAUGCUCAUGCCAUCUUUAUAUCUAAUGACAAAUUUGUGGUUUCUCUCAAAGGUGGCGAAAUAUAUGUGGUUACUCUUGUCGCUGAUGGUAUCAGAAGUGUAAGAAGCUUUAAUUUUGACAAAGCUGCAGCCAGUGUAUUGACUUCAUGUAUUUGUGAGUGUGGUGAUGGAUAUCUAUUCCUUGGAUCAAGACUGGGGAAUUCAUUGCUUGUCAAGUAUACAGAGAAACCUCAGGAUCUUGGUGAUCUCUUUUCUCCAGGAGUGGACCCUCCAAAUGCCAAGCGUCGUAGGAUGGACAGUGAUUUUACAUAUGCUAUUGAUGACAUAGAUGAAGUGGAAGUGUAUGGACACCAUGAGGAAGCAGGAGUAGAACUAACAUCUUAUACGUUUGAGGUGUGUGAUAGUUUACUGAACAUUGGUCCCUGUACGUGCCUAGACAUGGGUGAACCUGGAUUUCUCUCUGAAGAGUUUUCAGAAUCCCUUGAUCCUGAUGUUGAGCUAGUGUCUUGUUCUGGUUAUGGUAAAAAUGGGGCUCUCACAGUACUACAGAGGACAGUGCGACCCCAGGUAGUGACAACCUUUGAGUUACCAGGUUGUACUGACAUGUGGACUGUCUUGUCACAGAAUAAGGAGGAGCCAACGUUAGAGGAUUCAAAGUAUCAUUCAUUCUUGAUACUAAGCCGUCAAGACUCUAGCAUGGUAUUAAAGACAGAACAAGAGAUAAUGGAGCUAGAUAAUUCAGGCUUCACUACUCAACAUCCCACCAUCUUUGCUGGUAACCUUGGAAAUGGAAGAUACAUUUUACAGAUUACUCCUCUGGGUAUACGUCUCUUAGAAGGAGUGAAUCAAGUGCAGCACAUUCCGAUGGACUCAGGUUUGUCAUCCAUCAUCUGGUGUUCUAUAGCAGACCCGUACGUCAUACUGAUGACAGCUGAUGGCUCUGUUGUCUUCUUGAAGUUCGUAAUCGAUGCAAAUGGGCCAAGCCUUACUGUGUCUAGGCCUCCUGUCAGUCAGGGGUCCAAAGUAUGCACCUGCUGUAUUUAUAAGGAUGUUAGUGGUUUGUUAAAAACAGAGAAGGCAGGUGCCCCUGAAGCCAGUGUACCAUCACCUCAACCUCAGCCUCAACCAGAGCUUCGACCUGUACAAAAAACUUCUCUAGAUCUGGAUGAAGAAGAUGAAAUGUUGUACGGUGAUUCCUCGGCAAUAUUUAAUACAGAACCUGAAGAACCCUCCAAACCUGAAAAGAAAGGAGAGCCUAAAGUAGAAGUGAAAGACGAGCCCGUGAAGCCCACCUACUGGUGUGUACUGUGCCGUCAGAAUGGCGUCUUGGAAAUCUACACCCUACCAGACUUCAAACUCGUCUUUUACGUCAAGAAUUUUAACAUGGCUCCUAAAGUACUAGUAGACAGUAAAGAUCCUGGCCAAGGGGCAGGUAAUAUAUCAAGCGUUCGCGACGAGGAGUCGAUUGGAAUCAAGGAAAUCCUACUGACAGGCCUGGGGUACAAGAAACAAAGAGUCACCCUGGUAGCUCUAGUCGACCAAGAUCUUCUGAUCUACGAAGCUUUUUAUUUUACCGAGAAGGCUGUUGGAGGACAUCUGAAUCUGAGAUUCAGAAGGGUCCAGCACUCGAUUUUGAUUCGUGAGAAGAAGGUUAAAACAUCUAAAAACAAGGCUGAUGAAGAACAAGCCAAAACAAAAGUUGCCAGUCUGAGAGUGUUUGAAGACAUCUCCUCCUAUGCAGGGAUCUUCGUUUGUGGUUCUUUCCCUCAUUGGAUAUUUGUAACCAAUCGGGGAGCCUUACGGUGUCAUCCAAUGAGCAUCGAUGGUCCAGUCACGUGUUUUGCGGCCUUUCACAACGUCAACUGUCCGAAGGGUUUUCUUUACUUUAACACCAAGGGUGAGCUGCGAAUCUCCGUACUUCCAACCCAUCUCAGCUACGACUCACCUUGGCCAGUCCGUAAAGUGCCUCUACGAUGCACUCCACAUAUGGUGUCGUACAAUAGAGAGAGUAAGACUUAUGCCAUUGUAACGAGUGAACAAGAACCAUGUAAACACAUCCCAAGAGUCACUCCAGAAGAUAAAGAAUUCAUCGAUACUAACAGAGAUUCUCGGUUCAUUUAUCCAAUGAUGGACAAGUUUACCAUACAACUGAUGUCACCUCUCAGUUGGGAAAUCAUCCCCAAUACGCGGCAUGAUCUUGAGGAAUGGGAACACGUGGCAGCAAUGAAAAACCUGAUGCUUCACAGUCAAGAGACGCACACAGGACGUAAGGGAUUCAUCUGUGUUGGUACAACCAUGCUAUAUGGAGAGGAGUUUGCUAGCAGGGGAAGGAUUUUAAUCUUCGAUAUCAUUGAGGUCGUUCCUGAGCCAGGACAGCCGCUAACCAAGAAUAAAUUUAAGUUACUUUACGACAAAGAACAAAAAGGUCCUGUCACAGCACUGAACCAAGUCAAUGGAUAUCUGGUCAGCGGUAUAGGACAGAAAAUAUACAUCUGGAACUUCGAGAAUAAUGAUCUGAUAGGAAUGGCAUUCAUUGAUACACAGUUGUACAUACAUUCUCUUGUCACCAUUAGAAACUUUGUCCUGGCUGCUGAUCUAGUUAAGAGCAUCACGUUGCUAAGGUUACAGACAGAAACUAAAACACUAGCUUUCGUUAGUAAGGAUCCACAUAACCUUGAAGUGUACGGGACGGAGUUCUUCAUCGAUGGAACACAACUGGGUUUUCUAGCGUCAGACGCGGACCAGAAUUUGAUUCUAUUCACCUAUCAGCCUGAAGCUAUCGAAAGUGCAGGUGGUCAGCGGUUGCUUCAGAGAGCAGACAUAAAUAUAGGCAGUCACGUGACUUCGAUGUUUCGUAUUCGCGCCAAGUCUGGCGAAAAGCUAGGUGGAGAGAAGGCAAAAGAUUUACGUCAGCUGACGUAUUUUGGCACUCUGGAUGGUGGCCUUGGUUUCCUGUUACCCAUGACAGAAAAGACUUACAGACGUCUGCACAUGCUCCAAACUAAACUAGUUGACUGCAUCCCACACUUGGCAGGACUCAACCCCAAGGCAUUCAGGAUGUUGCAGUCUAAGAGGCAUUCUCUCAGCAACCCUCAUCGUAAUGUUUUGGACUGGGAACUACUGUCCAAGUUCAUCCAUCUCAGUUUGAUGGAACGUCAAGAAGUCGCUAAGAAGAUUGGAACAACGCCAUCACAGAUCCUUGAUGAUAUGAUGGAUGUGGAACGAGCGUGCGAUCGAUUCUGAUUGAUUACAUCUGUAUAUAAUCAUCCAUAUAUACCACCGUUUAGCUCUGCAGCUUCAACCAUUAACGCCAGACUAGAGUCACUGAAGGCUGCGCGACGAAUCUUGGACUGUUAUUGGGCUUGUCACUUGUGAUUGUCUGAAAGAAACACUUGGCUGUUCAAACAAAAAUAGUUGCUUGUUGACUUGUCCAUAAUAAAGACGGUCUUGCCCGUCUAUACUCUCUCCCUCUUCCAAGCAGAUUUUUUUAAAUGCGUUACUUCAAACGAAAGGCCUUGAUUUUACCCCCUGCCACCAAACACGGGGGCAGGGAUCGAAGAUUUUUGUCUUGUGAAUGAAUAUAGUUUGCCCCAAGUUAUGCCUGACUGGUGAAACAAACCUCAUGCAAAGCUGCCCUAACAGACUAUAGUCAAGAAAAAGAUGGCCAUGUCCCAUAAAAGAACACUCGUUAAAUACAUAACGUAGGAAGCACAUUUUUACACUGUUGCUCUUGUACACUGAAUAAAAGGUGAACAAAAAAUCUUCUCAUUACGAAUUUAUUGAACUGUAAUAAUUCAAUAUGUCAACACUAGCAUUUCACAAUGAAGACCCAGCUCGUCUAGAUUAAUCCCUCUUUCUAUUAAUAGAGGUAAAACCAACUGUGAUUCGAUAAACUUUUUCUGUAAAGUCCAACCGUUAAAUAAAGAAUAACUGAAAAAAGAUAUGCGAUCUCUCAGAU